CUAAAAUGUUCACAAACAAGUCAGUCACCACAGAUUCUGAAUUGUGAUCCUAAAAACCUCUGAAAACGUUCCGGCGGGAAGAUAGAAAAAAAGGGGAUUUAGGGUUUUACUCCACAAAAUAGCGAAUCCAAUCUCCAUGGAUGGAGAAGCUUCGAGCAGCCGCCGUAAGAGACAACGAGCUCCCGCCGUUGCUGAAGAAGAAGCCGAGAAUGGUGGAGGAGGAGAUGAGGUGACACGAUCUGGGACAAUGUUCGAGCUAGAUCUCCUCGAUUGUCCCAUUUGUUGUUACGCACUCACGAUUCCUAUCUUUCAGUGUGACAAUGGACAUAUAGCUUGUUCGUCUUGUUGUACUAAAGUGAGGAACAAAUGCCCUUCUUGCACUUUACCCAUUGGUAACUUUCGAUCGAGAAUAAUGGAGAGAGUUGUUGAAGCUGUCAUUGUGCCAUGCCCAAACGCCAGACUUGGUUGUACUGAGAAGUUCUCCUAUGGGAAAGAGUUAGCCCAUGAGAAGAUAUGCAGGUUCGCUCUGUGCUACUGUCCUAUACCAGACUGUGACUACAGUGGCGUGUACAAGGAUCUCUAUAGUCACUACUAUGCUAACCACGACGACGAACACUCAUGGAAUAAAUUCGUGUGUGGCCGUUCCUCUGGCGCAUGGCUGCUCAUAAGUGAUAAGAUUCUUGUUCUUCAGGAAUCUGCAGAUGGUCCCUUGGUUGUGCUUCAGUGUUUUAAGGAGCCGCAAGGAUUUUACGUGACUGUGAGUUGUAUAGCACCUUCUGCUCCAGGAGUUGGUGAGUUCUCCUAUCAUCUCUCCUACAAGUCUGGAGGUAAAACUAUGACGUUUGAACUGGAGGAGAUGGAAAGGAUUCAGAAAGUGAGCUAUCGAACUCCUGAGAAGGACUUUAUGUUGGUCCCUUACUAUUUCCAGGAGCAGGGGAUUCGUUUGAAAAUGAAUAUUUGCAUCCGCCGGCUACAAAACAAUGAAGAAGAAGAAGAAGAAGAAGAAGAAGAAGAAGAAGAAGAAGAAGAAGAUGAUGAUGAAGAAGAUGCUGAUGAAGAAGAGUAAUAAUCAUCAUAUCAUAUCCAUUGUAGGUCCUUUUGUUCAUAACUUCAUUUACCCUUCUGAUGUAUUGCUGCAGCUACUUUAGUUUGUCAUCUAUGCACUCUAAACGAAUAAGUUUCAUGACUCGUUGUUUUACUUAAUGCUGAUUUUUCUCCAACAAUCUGUUAUACUACU